AUGGCUAUAUGGCCAUUUAGAGUGGAGGAUAUUAAGAAGUUAUCUGCCUUUGACCACUCAUGUCUAAGGUAUAUUUUACGGGUUCGUCAAGUGGAAAAAUAUGAUCGCAUUUACCAUCGUUCAAAUAUCACUUGCAUUAACAGUGGACCAGCAAUAUAUGGACGAUGGAAAAAGGAAUGGUUUCUAUUACUGUCGACGAUAGCAUCAGAACACAUACCUUGGAAACGUCUUACCCUUUCUCUUUCAGAACCAAAAAUUACGAGGGAAUUUCGGACCAGGAUUCGUCAGACUUGCAACGAGGCUUGUAAAGGUAAUGAAAAUUCAAAGCCAUUACUCCAAAUUUUUCGGAAGAAAAGUGCAUCUACAGAACUGGCUUUAUUGGAGAAUGGAUUACAGGAGCUUUCAUUAACCAGUAAGUUUACGUCAAAAAUAGCGGAAACACAGCAAAAAGCACUAAACACUUUGACUGAAUGGGCCAAAUCAUCACAAAACGCUGCUAUUGAUGAUGUAAUGCAAAAUACCAAUGAAUUAUUCCGAUUAUUUUCCGAAAAGCAAAUUCGUUUUGCACAAGAUUACAACCAUUUUUUGCAGCAGUUAGAAAAAAUCGUUGAAGAUGAACGCGAAAUUACAAAAGCUGAACAUCAAGUUAACAUCUUGGAGGAAAAAGAGAGAAAACUUAGAAAGGAAAUUCAAAAAAGACCAUCCUUCUUCAGACGCGGUGGAGAUAUUUUUCUCCUGAGGCAAGAACUUGACAAAGUGAUUGCCGACAAAGAGAAAGCAAAGCGUAUCUUUGGUGAAACUCGCGCAGAAAUGGAAGUGAUCAAGAUGUUCAGAUUCAGAAAAGGGAUGCAGGGCAUUGCUGAUUCUUACUGCAGUUUGGCGAAUAAAUGUCAUGCAGUGUUUACUUGCCAUCGCGAGAUUACAGAGCUUGUACCAGCCAUAUCAGAGCAAGAUGUUCAACGAAUGGUUUAUGAUGGGAUGCACAUUGCUCGUGAGCGUGUUAAUAAUCUCAGAAGAUCGCUAAAUAGAAUAACAAGCACAGAUAAUUUGCGUCAGUCGAUAAGACCAGCUAAAAGAAACGAACCAUCCCAUCGUUUGCAUCGUAAUAGUUUCCCAUCUCCACCUCCACCAUAUUCUACUUUAGAACAAAGUCUGUCAUCAAACCGAAAUAAUCAGAGCACUGAAAAUGCAUCUGAAACCAUAAACGACCAUGUUUGGGGCCAUAAACGAUACGUUCCCCAUGCUUCAUCUCAGACUUCGAGCAAACUUCAUAAAGGGAUGCACAGCUAUUCUUUUCCACUGAUUCAGCGUUUAUACCCGAAAUUGCCAAAGAAUCCAUAUCUUGUCAUGAAAAAACAACAUGCCAGUGGUUUGAUUCCUAAACCUCCACGCAUGUGA